GAGGUGUUAAGCAGAUGAGCUGGAGCAUCAUCAGCUGGAUCGUUCAUAUCCACACCGAGCUUCACACCGUCACACAGGAGAUGACAGCCGCGCUGCAGUCAGGAACCUAACAGGGAAUAGAGAAGAAACACCUGAAAAUAAACAACCUUAAGUGAUUCAAAGGCUUGUAAUGAUGGAAACCAAAGAGCCCAGAGCCAGCCCUGGAGGUUCGAUCUCCCAGGAUGAGGGCGGUCUGUGGAUGAAGAUUAACUCUAACAGCCCAGUGACGGACCACACAGAUGAGCCAUGUGGUCAGAGGCCUGGAGAUGAAACUAAAUUCGUCCCCCGUGUGCCUGCAGUGAUCACUAGAUAUGUUGGUGUGAUGGAUGAUGAGGGCGCAGACGAUGUUUUCAUCCCUCCUCCUCCAUCCUACAUGGAUCCUUUGCUGCCAGGCGAGGGCAGCACAGAUGCUACGGCGAAUUAUUCCGGUUUGACCCUUACAAAUGGGGCAGCUGACGCCACAGAGGCUGAGGCUAAUCCCAGCGGCUUAGACUGGCAUCACGCUGAGAAGCAGUUAAUGGCAGAACAGAGCGAGGUGGAUAAAGUGAUAGCGAGCACACCGCAGACUUCUGAGGAGUGGAAAAACGACUCCAAUCUACCCAAAGAUCAAGACCAAACAUCCAUGGAGGAAAUAUGUUAUUUAUCUGGAAGACAGCAUCAGGAAAACACAUCAGGAGAUGGAGAAUCAAAAUUGGAGCAUGAGGAUAUUGCAAUGUUGAGCGAGAGGCAGGAAAAGUGGAGGGAAACGGAAGCGGAGAAAGACAAAUAUCCAAAACAGGUACCUUCAAGCAUUGAUGAAAAGUCUGAAAAUGAGACGCAUUUUGACAAAGAGGGAGACCAAACACAAUCUGAAGAAAUGUGUGAUGUCCACUGUGACGAUGAGGAGAGUGAUGAGGAUUUUGAGCCCUAUGGGCCACCAGGGCUCAGCAAAUGCAACCGAAACACGACUGACGCAGCAACCAAUCAGCCACAGGUACCAGAAAUCCCACCUCAGGUGUCCAAUGGUGAUAAAGUGCACGUUGACACCAGUUCUUUGAACUAUACAGUCACAAAGCAUGACUGGGUGAGGAGAGAGAGUGACACAAGCGAAACUCAAGUGUCCCGACUGUCCGUCUCUGAAGGUGACGAAGAAAUGCCAACGAUGGAAGAACAGGAGGAUGGAAGCAGGAGAAUAGCAACAGAUAUCCAACAAGGAGAGCAACUGCUUCAACGUCUGCAACGCUUGCAGCUGCAACAGGAUGGGUGUUCACCAGAGAGUCCUCUUAACUCCCAGAAGGCUGUGCAAGAGACGAGAGGCGAGACGAAAGGUGCUUUUGGGACUAAAGCAGAUGAUCUGCAAGCAAGAGAAGCCAAUCUGACAUGUGGAGAUGAGAGGGAAGAGAGUAGGUCUCACACUGCAAAGACAAACCUGAUGGAAAAGAAUGGAAAAAAUGAGAGUCAAGAUGUUGAAGCAAACGCAUGGAUGUCUUCGUCCACAACAAUGCCCGUAGAGUUGGAGCAUCAGGCGAUUGCCAGAGACUCUGACGAUCAUUUCCAUCCUUUGAUUAAAACUCUGGCCACUGGCAGCUGGGUUCCUGCAGACUUGUCUUUAAUUGACACCCAUGAAAAUGAGAUGUCCAUGGAGAGGCAGAUCCACAAGGAAGUCCAGGGGAAGCAGAACCUGCAGAGAGCCAGUGGUGUCCUCAAUCAGGCAGAUAAUCCAGAUGUGCUCGAGAUCCCGUUUAAGACCAAUAUCUUGCUUGAGCCACUACCCACCAAGGAUGGCGCCCCUGGCGACUGGCAGUUCUCCGAGCAGAAGAUGAAGAAGGAGAUAAGUCAGGAGAUCCAGAGAGAGCUGGUGCUUGUAAACCAGGGGAAGAUCCCAGGCGGAUACAGCAAAGGGGAAGUCCGCCAGUUAAAGGAGACAAAAUUGCUGUUUGAGGCUUUCCAGCAGGAUAACACAGAGGGCCCAAAAAGGCAACGGAAACCUCGUACCGCACUGAAGAAAGGUCGCGUUUACCCUUCUGUGCUAGAGCGCACACAUAGCCUGGAGAUGCUGUCAUUCAAAAGUUGCCAUCUUUCCAGAGCACAAUCCCUCAGGCAGUAUAACGAGACUGAGAAAACCCCUGAAAUCUUAAGAUCGAUGAGCCCAACUGAAGGUUCACGACGAGACAAAACACGCUACACAAAACAAGACAAACUCGUGUACAGAAGCAUGGACUCCAUAAAGACAGACGUCUCAGCGUCAGCUGGGGAGACCAGGAUGAGAUCUAGGGACGGAAACGCAACUCAAGAAUCUCCCAUCCUCCAACGAAACCCUUUUUUCAACUUGCGUCCAGCCCUGGCUCUAAAGCCGGAAGUAGAGAAGGACAUCCGGGAGGCCAAGGAGAGAGAAGAGGAGCUGCGCAGACAAAGAUGCGAUCUGUACGGAGAGAACGCGCAGAGUGGUGAAGACGGAGAGAAGUCACGAUUUAAAGCAAUGUUCGCACCAGGUGCCACGAAACAGUCCAGCGGGAAACUGGAGCGUGUUUGGCCGCCUCCACCCUCCAUGAAAGACCAGAUGAAAUCUGAGCAGACCCAGCAGGAGUCAAAGGUUCAGCGAGCUGCAGGACAGAAGUCUCCUCUGUGGCAACGCUGGGAGGCCGGUCUGAUCAACGGAGAAGGAAAGGAGAAGAACUGAUGUUGGCAAUUUUGAUGUCUUCAACACCACAAAUAGAAUAUAAAUGAUGCUAUGCUAGAGCUGCACAAGUCCAAGAGUAAUCAGUAUAACCAAAAAUCCUGAAAGUAGUUCCGGCUUGAUUGCUUUCUGUCUCUUCUAACUCUGCUUCUGUGUCAAAUACAUAUUUUUGAUAUAUUUAAA